AUCUGUGAUUCUGGCUCCCAGUCAGGUCAGAGCUGUCUCUCUUACUCACUCCCUUCCUUCUCACUCUCGUCUGUUCCCUUUCCUUUCUUUCUCUUAGCUUUCUCUCUCCCACUCCCACUGCUCUCUCACAUCUGGAGGGUAUCUGGUGUGGCUGUGGGACGCCUCGCCUGCUAUGGGACAGCCUGUGUUUGGACUGGACGUCAGACUUCAGUGCAUUUCAGCAAACGUUGUUCGGGAAGGGCCUUGCAGUUGGUGAAUAAUCUUCAGUCUCUGCUGACUGAAGGUUCAGACGCAGCAGAGACGAGGAGCACAGAGCCGACUUUUAUUUUCAGCCCGGAGAGCUCAGCAUUGGACAUGUCCUUUCCCAAACAUUCCGUCCUGCGGGCCCUGAGUGUGCUGCUCUUGGCCUGGGUUUUGGUGCGCUGCCAGGCUCCUCUUGAACCAGUGAAAGAGGAGGAGGCUGAGCCAAUAAAGGAGGCUGCCACAGCGGUGACGAAGUCCGAUCCGGUCCAGUGCCCGUCCGAGUGUAGCUGUACAGCAGAGGGGGCAGUGGACUGCGCUGGAGUCGACCUCAUAGAGUUCCCUGCUGACUUAUCUGAGAAAACCCGCCAGCUCUCUCUACAGAACAACAAAAUCGAGGAGAUAACGUUGGAGCACAUUUCCCAUCUGCAUCAACUUGAGACUCUCAACCUUCAGAACAACUGGCUCAGCACGGAUGGCCUUGAAGAUGAAGGUUUCGAGAUGCUCGAGCAGCUGGCGUAUUUAUACUUGGCAAACAACAAGCUUACUUCAGCACCAAAGGUCCUGCCUCCCUCUUUGGUUAGUGCUGAUUUUGCUGCCAAUCAGCUGGUACGGAUCUACCCAUACACGUUUGGCCAUAAACCCAAACUGAGGUCUGUGUAUCUCCAUAACAACAAGCUGACUGACUCAGGGCUUCCUGAUCACAUGUUCAAUGGUUCUGAAAAUCUGGAGAUCCUCACCAUGUCCAGCAACUUCCUGCGGGUUGUACCCAGGAGCCUGCCCUCCACCCUUUACCGUCUUCAUCUGAAGAGUAACAAGUUGGAGAAAAUCCCAGCGGGAGCCUUUGACAACUUGUCAAACCUCAGGGAGCUGUAUCUCCAAAACAACCUCCUCAGCAAUGAAGGCAUGGACAACGAGACUUUCAGCCAGCUAACCAGCCUGGAGUGCCUGGACUUGUCAAACAACAACCUGAGCGUCGUCCCUAGGGGUCUGCCUCGAAAUCUAGUGCUGCUGCACCUGGAGAAGAACUCUAUCCGCAGCAUCCCUGGAGACGCUCUUACCUCCGUCCGAAACCUUGAGUACCUGCUCCUCCACAACAACAAGCUCCGCUCGCGCUCCAUCCAUGCAGCUGCCUUCCAGGGCUUGAAGAAGCUGCAUACUCUGCACAUGUACAACAAUUUGCUGGAGCGGGUUCCCAGGGGCUUGCCUCGACGAGCCAAGACCCUGAUGCUGCUCCACAACUCCAUUUCUGAAAUUGGCCGCAAUGACCUGGCCCUGCUGUACACCCUGACGGAGCUCAACCUCAGCUACAACAAGCUGACCAGCCUGAAGGUGCACCGUGAGGCCUUCAGGAAGCUGCGUGUGCUGGAAAAACUGGACCUGUCAGGGAACAGCCUUCACUCCAUGCCCCUGGGUCUUCCUCGCAGCCUGCAGGUGCUUGAAGUCAAGAACAACCAGCUCAACUCUGUCCCGGAUGGUGCGCUGACGGGCAUGGAGAAGCUACGCAAGCUCAUCCUAAGUGACAACCAGCUGAAGCUGAACUCAGUCUACCAGGGAGCCUGGAUGGAGCUCAGUGCUCUCACAACAUUAGAUCUGUCUGGUAACCAGCUGACACACGUCCCCUCUGACCUGCCUGAGUCUCUGGAGUACCUGUACCUGCAGAGUAACCGCAUCUCCAGUGUUCCUGCUUCAGCAUUCGAAGGCACUCCGAACAUCAAAGGCAUCUUCCUCCGGUUUAACCGCCUGUCUGUGGACUCUGUGGACGAGAGCUCUUUCGCACACCUGUCCAACUUGCAAGUGCUGGACAUUGGCACGGGAAACACUGACGUCCCCUUUAAAAGAGACGAGACAGAUGGCGAGAAGAUGAUGGAGGAGGAGCAGGAGACUUAAGGCACGCUCUGUUAAACUGACAUUGGACUGGAUUGCAUAAAGGACAGAAAGGGCUUUGCAAUGGAAUUGAACCUGUGAAUGUCUCAGGUCCGUCAUCGUGCUGAGCGGCAGAGUCUCAUGUUUCUGGUGCAGGAUACCGGAUCAAGUUACUUUAGUUUCCAUUUUAUGGGCUGGUUUUAUUGCAUAUCUUUAUACCUGAGCUUUAAUGUUUGUGUUUGGCUGUUGACAUGCGACACCUGUCACCUACUUUGUGUUUUUGUACUUUAUUCUAAAAAUGACUUUGACAGAAUCAGUGUGAAUUCCUCACGUUUUAUUAGAAAGGCUGUGAAACAGCAGGAGUGGCCAGAUGAGCAGUGAGAGUCGGCCUGAGCUGGACUUCAUCUCAGUUUCUUUAUCCAGUUAUUCAUCUGUCUCUCAGUUUAAAGUAAUGAAUGAAUGAGUGAAUGAGUGGAUGUGGCAGAUCCCCGUCACAGGCCUGAGGUGACUUUGUUGUAUCAACAAUCAGAAAAUCUCAAGGAUUCGAUUUAUAAAGAAAUCGAGGAACAACAUGUGAGAAGCUUUAAAGUUAGAGUCCUUAAAAAGUUGAACACGGUCUGUGAGCACUGGCUGUGCUGGUGUCUGUGACCGUGGUUACAGGUGAGCUCGCUUUUCUCAGGUGGAUUAAAUGUGACACGUGUUUCAGUCCAACCAAACCCGUCGACUGUCUUCUUUCGGCUUUGGGACGUUAUGAGUUCGCCUGUGACUUCGGUCGGUGCGUUCUUCUUCUGUUAGGAGACUGUAGAGUCAGCAGCACCUCUGCUGCCCCCUGUGGUCAGUGCUUUCUGUUACCACCAGUCACUACAGCUUCACAUUACCCAGGACUGAGAUCUGACGGGUGUAACUGUAGUAAAGGUUGAUGAAUGAUUAUUGAUCGCAGUCGGAUUGAUCAGUAUUAUGUUUCUUUCAGCUGUGGUUGGCGUCGUGUUUCAGCUCCACUCUCACAUCAGAAGGUGUUGAAGUGACAGAUACACAGUCAGUGACAUGACGUCAGCGUGUUCGUGAUGGUCUUGUACCAUGUUCCUGUGAAUGAAGAAGCAGUGUGUGAAGCCUCCAUCCAGGCUGCUGCUGCUCCGUCAGCCCACUCCUGUUUUACAAAGAAAGUACUCAUCCUAUUACACUCACUAUAUUACUAUGAAUACAGUGUCACUUUCACAUACAGCAGUCGUCCAACACAGCAAUAAAUUAUUUGAAAAGGCUGAAGAAGACUGUGCGUUUCCUAACGUUCACAGAACGUCUGACCAACGCUUCAGUGCCACUGCUCGUGUUGUCUCCAGUCUCGGUUUUCCUGCAGCUCUCUGGUUCUUUCUGAGGGGAUUUCUCU